AUGGCGGCGUCUUUCGAAUCAACUUCGUCUUAUCACGAUGCCUUAAGUCGUGGCAACAGCUCCGACUAUAGUCCUGAUAUCGAAGAUAUCAAAGAACUGCACGGCCAACAUCCCCCAGGAUUGAGUGCACUGGACGAUCUGUAUGAUCCUGGUCAGGACGAUUACGUGCCGGGUGAAGGUUAUGUUUAUAAUGAGGAUCUGUAUGACUCACAAGAAAGCGAUGGAAUUUGUCCAUAUGGUAAUGGAGAAGGAGACGAUCAACCUGGUCUAGUAUCCGAGUUUCAUGGCAGUGACACCGAUACAGUGGUCCCAAUCGAUGUACAUGAAAGCAAGCAACAGGAAAACAGCAGGCCACCAGAUACUGAUUGUGAUGUGAAUGAACAUUUGAAAGCCCGCGGAUUUUACUCUACACGUCGUCUGCCUGAUGAGGAUCGGUAUGAAGAACCAGGUACUCCUACUGAGCUUCGACAUCUGGGAUAUCAAGCAGAAGAUGAGUUUGACACUCAGACCAUGCCGGUCAAUCAGCAACAGAAAAGCAAACAAAUGCAUAUCCAGAGUUCAAUGUUUGAUCAAGCAGGCUUUUCUGGUGAUUGGCGCAAGAAGCGCGUCACUCAUAACGAGUCCGGGUUAUCAGCUGCGCAUGUCGAAUUGGGCAAACGUCCACGGGAGGACGUGGACUUGGACUUCCCAGAUCAAAGUCACACCUUUCAAAAGAAGUUUCGAGAAACCAAAGGUGAUCUUGAGGACUUUGAUCGUGGGUCUGGACCUCGGACUGGCCGCGUACAAAGGGAUCAAGGCUCUGAUCAAAGUCAUUAUGAGAAGAGACAAGGACACAAAUUAUCGCCGAUAACUGAUGUCCAAUGGGACUAUUUUACAGUCGAGAGUGAUGUUACAGAUCAAGAAGAUGAGACUUCUCUGCCCGUUUCCGACCAACGCGGCACAAAUAAACUCGAUUUAGCAGACUCUCAUGUCCCCAGGCCUACGAAAGGCAAAGGUAGAGCCGAAAAUGCAGGGAUCAAGGCUCUGAUCAAAGUCAUUAUCAGAAGAGACAAGGACACAAACCAUCACCUGCAAGUAAGAUAUCUUACUCUGCUUUGUGUAGCAAGCAUGGUCAUACAAGCUAAAGUCCAAUGUGACUAUUUUACAGUUGAGAGUGAUGUUACAGAUCAAGAAGAUGAGACUUCUCUGCCCGUUUCCGACCAACGCGGCACAAAUAAACUCGACAUAUCCGACUCGCAUGUCCCCAGGCCUACGAAAGGCAAAGGUAGAGCCGACAAUGAAGUCAGAUAUAUGUUCGAUCAACCAGGCCUUCCUGGCGAUUGGCGCAAGAAGCGCAUCAAUCAGAACUCAUCAGCUGCGCAUAACGAAUUGGGAAAACGGUUGCGCGAGAGCGAAUGUACAGACCUUGUGGAUGACAGUUUGAGGAAACGGCUGCGAGAUGAAAAGCACGAUACCAGAGUCCCUGCUCACUCCAGCCGUGGAAACAACAAGGACGAAUUUCAGCGACUUGAUGUCUCGUGUAGUGAUCAACACAAACGCACAGGCGAUGCAGAAAACCGUGAAAGAAACUCCACCCGGACUCCACUUCAUCACAAACGCUCACGUGACUCUAGUCAUUGCAGUGGGUAUGAAGGAUCAGGGACUCCUACCGACGUCCAACCCCUGGAAUAUCAAGCAAAAGAAGUUCGACACUCAGACCAUGCCGGUCAAUCAGCAAAAGAAAAGCGAACAAAUGCAUAUCCUUCAAUGUGUGAUCAAGCAGGCUUUUCUGGUGAUUGGCGCAAGAAGCGCGUCACUCAUAACGAGUCCGGGUUAUCAGCUGCGCAUGUUGAAUUGUACAAACGUCCACGGGAGGACGUGUAUUUAGACUGUCCAGAUCAAACUCACACCUUCGAAAAGAAGUUUCGAGAAACCAAAGGUGAUCUUGAGGACUUUGAUCGUGGGUCUGGACCUCGGACUGGCCGCGUACAAAGGGAUCAAGGCUCUGAUCAAAGUCAUUAUGAGAAGAGACAAGGACACAAAUUAUCGCCGAUAACUGAUGUCCAAUGGGACUAUUUUACAGUCGAGAGUGAUGUUACAGAUCAAGAAGAUGAGACUUAUCUGCCCGUUUCCGACCAACGCGGCACAAAUAAACUCGAUUUAGCAGACUCUCAUGUCCCCAGGCCUACGAAAGGCAAAGGUAGAGCCGAAAAUGCAGCAUUGUCAACCGGGCUAAUCGUGAAAUGUGAAUUUUUGAACCUCUCUAGACUUUGA